UGCAAAUACACAUGUUUAUAUGCGAUAUAGAACAGUUAAGCCUCGUAUUUUUUUAUUUAUAAUAAAAAAGAUGCCUAAUAAAUAAAUUUAUUAAUGAGUAAAUUAUUUUAACUGUAUAAUAAUCUGUAUCUGUAAAUAAUUGUAAUUUUUAUGUAAAUAAUACUUCUAUAGGUUUAUACAAAUAAUUACAUUAGAUAGUACUUCUAGUACACGUGUAAUUAUUUUAUGUGACAAAUGCGUCACUGGGUUAAAAAAUUAAAUUUAAAUAAUUCACAAAUAAUGGCGAAAGAUAAAGCAUCACCUUUAAAGUUCGAAAUUCUAGCAGAAUGUAAAACUAGUAAAGCAAGAAGUGCGAAAAUGACUUUAAUACAUCAUCAUGUAGAUACACCAGUUUUUAUGCCAGUAGGAACACAGGGUACUCUGAAAGGAUUGUUACCUCAACAGCUGGAAGAAUUGAAUUGUCAAAUAAUUCUUGGCAACACUUAUCAUCUUGGAAACAGACCUGGUAUCGAAAUAUUGCAAAAAGCAGGAGGUUUACAUAAAUUUAUGAAUUGGAAAAGAGCAUUGUUAACGGAUUCUGGUGGAUUUCAAAUGGUAUCGUUAUUAUCACUCGCUAAAAUCACAGAAGAAGGAGUAAACUUUAAGUCACCGUACAAUGAUGCUAAUUGUAUGUUGACUCCUGAACGAUCAAUUCAAAUUCAAAAUACAAUUGGUGCUGACAUAAUCAUGCAAUUAGAUGAUGUAGUUAAAAGUACCCAAACUGGACCAAGAGUAACGGAAGCUAUGGGAAGAACAAUAAGAUGGUUGGAUAGAUGUCUAUCAGCACACGAAAGAUCCGACGAACAAAGUAUAUUUCCUAUUGUACAAGGUGGAUUAAAUUCUAAAUUAAGAGCGGAAUGUGCACGUGAAUUAAUUAAAAGAAAAGUAAAUGGUUUUGCAAUUGGAGGAUUAAGCGGUGGUGAAAGUAAAGAUAUAUUUUGGAGAAUGGUACACCUUUCUACUGAUAUUCUUCCUAAAGACAAACCUCGUUAUUUAAUGGGUGUUGGUUUCGCUAUAGAUCUAGUUGUAUGUUGUGCAUUAGGUGUCGACAUGUUUGAUUGUGUAUUUCCUACAAGAACGGCUAGAUUUGGUUGUGCUUUGGUGCGUACAGGCCAAUUUAAUUUAAAACAAAGUCAAUUUAGUAAUGAUACGAGACCAAUAGAUGAAUCUUGUUCAUGUAGCACUUGUAAGACGUAUACACGUGCAUAUCUUCAUCACAUAGUUACAAUAGAAACAGUUGCGUGUCACUUAUUAACGGUUCAUAAUAUAGCAUUUCAAAUGAAAUUAAUGGAAGACAUUAGAGAAAGUAUAAAGCAGCAAAAGUAUCCAGAAUUUGUACAAAAUUAUAUGUUAAAUGUGUAUCCGGAUAAAGAGUAUCCAGAUUGGAUAAUUAAUGCUCUACAAGCAGUUAAUAUUACAUUGUUAUAACGAUUAAUGGAAUUAGUAUUCAUACAAUACAAAAUUCAACGACUUUUGUAAGUAUUCUUCACAUGGUGUACCAUAUUACUAAAGAUUACUUAUAUAAUAUAAUGCGAAUGCUAUUAACAUAUUACUAAAAUAAAAUACUUUUCAAUAAAGUUAAUAAUUACA